CGCGGAGUCCGCGGCGGCCCGCGGGCCGGGGCGGGGGCGGGGCGGGGGGCGUUCCCGGGCCCCCGCCCCGCGCGGCCCGCCGCCCGUGAUGAUGUCACAAUCGCGGCGGGCCCCGGCGUUCCCGGGUCGGCUUCGGGCGCAGAUCCGAGCGGGCAGCGGGCUCCUGAGUCAUGGACUUCCCUUGGCCCCUCCUCUACCACUCCCACCGCCGCGCCGGGCCCCCCCGCAGGGGCUAGCGCUCGCGCGGCGGCUCCGAGGGGGUGGGGCUGCUGGGAAUGGCUGUGCCCCCUUCGGCUCCUCUGCCGUGCUCGCCCUUUUACCUGAGGCGGCAGGCGCCGUGCCCGCAGUGCUCAUGGGGCAUGGAGGAGAAGGCGGCGGCCGGCGCGGGCUGCCGGGAGCCGCCGGGCGCCCCGAGGGCCGCCGCCGUCCCUUGCUUCGGCAUAUCCGUGGACCAGGACGACAUCCUCCCGGGCGCCCUGCGCCUCAUCCAGGAGCUGCGGCCACAUUGGAAGCCCGAGCAAGUUCGGACUAAGCGCUUCACCGAUGGCAUCACCAACAAGCUGGUGGCCUGCUACGUGGAGGAGGACAUGGGGGACUGUGUGCUGGUCCGGGUGUACGGGGAGCGGACGGAGCUGCUGGUGGACCGGGAGAAUGAGGUCAGGAACUUCCAGCUGCUGCGAGCACAUGGCUGCGCCCCCAAACUCUACUGCACCUUCCAGAACGGGCUGUGCUACGAGUACAUGCGGGGCAUGGCCCUGGGGCCCGAGCACAUCCGGGAGCCUCGGCUCUUCAGGCUAAUCGCCUUAGAAAUGGCAAAGAUUCACACCAUCCACGCCAACGGCAGCCUGCCCAAGCCCACCCUCUGGCACAAGAUGCACAAUUAUUUCACCCUCGUGAAGAACGAGAUCAACCCCAGCCUUUCUGCAGAUGUCCCCACGGUGGAGGUGUUGGAACGGGAGCUGGCCUGGCUGAAGGAGCACCUGUCCCAGUUGGAUUCCCCUGUGGUGUUUUGUCACAAUGACCUGCUCUGCAAGAACAUCAUCUAUGACAGCACCAAAGGCCAUGUACGGUUCAUUGACUAUGAAUACGCCGGCUACAACUACCAAGCUUUUGACAUUGGCAACCAUUUCAAUGAGUUUGCAGGUGUGAAUGAGGUCGAUUACUGCCGGUACCCUGGGCGGGACACCCAGCUGCAGUGGCUGAGCUACUACCUACAGGCUCAAAAGGGGAUGGCCGUGACCCCCAGGGAGGUGGAGAGGCUCUAUGUGCAAGUCAACAAGUUUGCCCUGGCGUCUCACUUCUUCUGGGCACUCUGGGCCCUCAUCCAGAACCAGUUCUCCACCAUCGACUUUGAUUUCCUCAGGUACGCAGUGAUCCGAUUCCACCAGUACUUCAAGGUGAAGCCCCAGGUGUCAGCCUUGGAGAUGCCAAAGUGACCAGCUUCCCCAUCUGUCCCCUACCCAUGCCUGGCAGGACCUGUGCUCCAGGGUUCACGCCCUCGGACAAGGUGGGAGAGGGGACAGGUGGGUGUCCAGGGCGAAGGCUCCGCCCCUGCCCCCAGUGGAAGCUGCUGGAGACCACAUUCUUUUGUUGGGAGGGGCUGAGACGCCCCGGCUCUGGGGGGUCCCCUUCACCUUGCCAGA